GCGCCAACCUUAAGGCUUUAAACACUUAUCCUCUUCCUUCACUGCACCCUUGACUUUCGUGCGCCGCAGCCAAAGAAUACCAGCGCAAAGAAAGAGUAGGAUGGAAUCUCAAGUGAAGCAUGCUGUGGUGGUGAAAGUUAUGGGUCGGACUGGAUCAAGAGGUCAGGUGACUCAGGUGAGAGUCAAGUUUCUGGAUGAUCAGAACCGGUUCAUUAUGAGGAAUGUUAAGGGACCAGUGAGGGAAGGUGAUAUCCUUACUCUGCUAGAGUCCGAGAGAGAAGCAAGAAGGUUGCGUUGAUAGGCUUAUUGGUUGGGAAUCCGUUCCUCUCAGUUUUGGUGACUCUUAUAUGAAUGCUCGCUUCUCGUAGUCGGUCAAUGACUCUCAAAGCUUGGAUAAAAAAAAAAAAGCCUUAUCAGCGUAGUUGUUUUGAUUUAUAUUGAAUUCCGAGUGGAAUGUUUAUUCAUGAUGCUUAAAUCUGUUAUCUUGGAUAGAUCAAGGUUUGCUUACAUUUUUGGUAUGAAGUUUUGCAUUUUAGAUUUA